AAGGAGCGGCUGCCACGAGUGGAAAUCACGUGUCGGAGCAACCUUCUUUUUAACCCGCUGAGCGUCGGCUGGAGCAAUUGGGAUUUGAUCAGCUGUAAGGAUGAUGCGCGGUUGGGCGUUCGUAGCGGUGGUGGCCGCGACUUUGCUGGCCGUGCGAGCCCGGGAUCCGUUUGCUGAAGAUUGCAGAGUACAUGAAUAUCCUCCAAGUGGACCAACGUAUAAAGGAACAAUUCCUGAAUAUGUCAUAAACCUUGACCUACCACCAAGUGAGAGAUGGGUCCAGGUGGUACGUGACAAAAAAGAUGAUUUAAAGGUUGUAAUAAAGAUUAUUAAAGCUAUUAUGUUGACAUUCAUCCAUAAUGAGAAAUUUGUAGCAUCUAUGGAGUCAAAAAUAGGUUGGUUAUGUUCUACCCUUCCUUAUCCUUUCAAUGAAGAAAUAAAAGGCAUUGCUUCUACUGUUGAUGUUCCUUUAGGUGAUAUUGUUGUGUUCAACAUCUUCUAUGAGAUCUUCACGGUGUGCACAUCCAUAAUAGCUGAAGACAAAACAGGAAAGCUAUACCAUGCUAGAAAUCUUGAUUUUGGACUGUUCCUUGGGUGGGAUAUAAAAAAUAGUUCCUGGUAUACAACGCAGAAGCUGAAGCCAUUAAUGGUAUCAUUGGAUUUUCAGAAAAACAAUAAAACAGUAUUUAAAUCUGCAAAUUUUGCUGGCUAUGUGGGAAUGAUAUCUGGAGUUAAGCAAGGGAUGUUUACAUUAACCAUGAAUGAGAGAUUCAGUCUUGAUGGAGGUUACAUUGGAGUCUUUGAGUGGCUUAUUGGCAAGAGGGAUGGUUGGUGGAUGAGUUUUCUCACCAGAGCUGUGUUGGAAAACAGCACAAGUUACGAAGAAGCGAAGGAUAAAUUGGCCAACACAAAGCUGCUAGCUCCAGCUUAUUUCAUACUAGGAGGAAGCAAAUCAGACGAGGGUUGUAUUAUUACACGUUCUCGAACUUCUGCUUUAAACAUUAAGAAUUUGGAUGCAAAGAACAAUGACUGGUUUGUUGUAGAAACCAAUUAUGACCCCUGGAAGCCUCCACUUGUUAUAGAUGACCGCAGACACCCUGCAAUGAAUUGCUUGAAUAAAACGGGUCAAGAGAAAAUAUCAUUAUCAGGUUUAUACAACGUUCUCUCUACAAAGCCUAUCCUCAACAAGUUGACAGUCUCAACUACACUGCUAGAAGUUUCUGAAGGCCAUAUAGAGACUUAUCUAAGGAAUUGUCCAGAGCCGUGCAGUCCCUGGUGAGGGCCACGCAGCCUGCAGAAUACAACUCAUGGAAGAGGAUCCCUUGCUGGGUGAACAAUGGCUGGUCUUUUCCAUUGCCAAGAACCUCUUCGUCUUCAGGGUGUCUCCAGAGAAACCUGGAUUUAAGUGCUUGCAAUUCAACCAGCAAAAUUAAUUCAGUCUGCUUUCCAAAUAUAUACUUUUCAUUGUAUGAACCUUAAACAGGGUUUGGAACUUCUGCUUCUUUUUUCCUUAACAUCAGUUGAUCCUUGGUUAGUGUUACUAGAGAAUUUCUUAGGCAAGUAUCUUAUGGCAAUUUGUCCUAUGUAUCUUCAUUCAGAAGUAAGUCCCAUUGUAUUUGGCAUGCAAGGUGUGUUUUAGGCAGGGCUAUGGGGGAUACAGUUUUAGGAAAUGAUGACAGUUUGAACUAGUAUUGUCCAAUCCUUUGAAAGAACUCAGUGUUCUCAAUCUUCUUUGGCUGCCAUCAAUGUGUAUUCCCAGCCUGAAAUAAUGUUCUGGAGUUCUUGCCUCCCUGUGCACCUACAGAAUUCCACCUACUUCCAGGAGGAGAGCGCCAUGAGAAAACCCAGCCCUGCAUCAAAGGAAAAGCAUAGCACUCCUCUGCAGUUAGCAAACAUGCCUGGAGCUUUCCAGCGUGUUACCUCUGACAUGCUUCAGAGAUUCCCAGUUAGUUCUCCACCUAUGACUGUCUUUCAUCUUCAUCCACAAGUUUUAAAGGAGUGGCAUGUCUUUAUGAGUGAAGCCAUGUUGCUGUUUUUCAUAAAACGUAAUUGGUAAGAUGACAGAUGAAUAGGAGUUUUUGGGCAGUCAGGUGAGGCCAGCCACGCUCCCUCAGCUCUCACUGUAGUGUGCCCUCCAGUUGGAUAAGUAGACUAGAAAGAGUGUCAGAUCAAGGCAUAUCAGAAAGACUUGCCAUAUUUUUAGUGGUACGCCUUGCUAAAAUGUAGAGCCACUACCCCAGGAUCACAACCAACUGAAUGUUUCAGUUCUGUUAAUUGGAAUUAAAAAUGUAACAUUAAUGUCCUUGAUAAUUUUGCAAUUAAAAAAAUAAAUUACACUGUCUUAUUGAAAGUGAUACAACUUUUCUUUCAGUGUUACUUGUAUAACAUUUCUCAUAAAUUAAGCCUAGGGUCCAGCUAAUACAUGGAUCAGUUUUAUUACUUGACUGCUUAAUAAAUUAAACUUGAUAUCUUCUGAUAAUUUAAGAAAUGGCCCUUUUAAAGCCACCUUUAUUCUAGUUUUUAGGAAGCUGAAGGGAUGGGUAAGGCAGAAUUAGAUGUCUUCAAGGCUAUGUUGAAAGUUUGGAGACUUCUUGCUCUCCUGAAAGAAAAGUUGAUGUAUUUGACACACUGGUGCUAUAUUCCCAGGCAUGGGAGGUUACCUGAGUGAGUUAAGUAAAUGUUGGUACAGAAGAGAGCUUAAUGUUUGAGGGCUUAAUGCCCAAUAAUCCAAAUGAUGUGAACUAACACGAUGCUAUCUCAUCUGCAAUUUUCAUUUAUUGACUUAAUAAAUAAGAAUUUGCUUUCA